AGUUUUACAAGUUGUCUAGUCUUGAGCGGAUAAGUCAGUUCAGUUAUCAGCAGUCAGUCAGUCACUAGUCAGCAUUGACUGUUUUCUGUGUGAAGUACGGUGCUUGUCUUGACAGCAUGACUUAAUUCUAUUUACUAGUUCGUGUCAGUGUACUCUGUUAGCGCCGGAUCGGUAUCAUGCCUAGUUCGUUAGUGUUUACUUUCACGUUUCUAGCUUUAUUGUUCCCAAUAAUUGUAAAUUGUUUUAUAUAAUAAGUUGCAAAUAAUUUAACGAUUUGUUUUUCUAAGGUGUAAAUUACAAUUGGUUUUCUAGCUUGAGUGCGAUAGAUUGAAUGUUGCUACACGUGGGAUUUAUACAUUUUCACGAUUGAACCACCUGGAUGGAAAACGACGUCUCAGGACCACCUCCACCAACUACCAACAACUUACAGUUGCUCAGUUCUCCACCACUACCGUGUGGAGGCUUCAAAGUUGGAUCUUAAAUUUGAACUUUGACCUUGUGGAAGUGUUAACCUUUAACUAACCACCCGACACUGCCAUGUUCGCAUCAUGGCGACACAUGUUGAAAAAUGUGACCGUGGAGCCGAUGUUGCUAGUUUACUUCAUGACUGUGGCCAUGUCACAAACCGCCGGCCUAAACCUGCUGCUACAGAAGGCAUGUCACCCCACCGAAGCACCCAAGGGAGUUGACAUCGAAUGCUGGGAUGAGGCUGCCGCCCAGGACAUGGUCACCAAGAUCAACACCUGGAAGCCCAUCCUCCAGAACCUGGUUCCUGUGCUCUUCGUGGUUUUUGCCGGCCCUUGGAGUGACUCCCAUGGCCGCAGGAGGCCCCUCAUGUUUCUGCCCAUCGUGGGGCAAGUGUUGACGGAUCUGGGCAUUCUGUUGAACAUCUAUUACUGGACGUGGCCGCCGGAGGUCACCGCAGUUUUCGAGUGUAUAUUCUACGGGAUAACUGGUGGGAAAGCGUGUCUCUUCAUCGGGGUUAUCAGCUAUAUAUCGGAUAUCACCAGCAAUCAGCAGAGGACUGCUAGAUUGGGUGUGAUCACCGCCAUAUUCUUCGUAGGCACGCCGAUCGGUGCCGGCCUGAGCGGCUUCCUGAGGUCGCUUGUUGGUUUUUACGGCGUGUUUCUGUUCAGCAUCUUCUGCGAUCUCCUCUCUCUGCAGCUGGGCUACAUGCUGGUGUCGAAUCCGCCCCUCCAGCACCCGCCCACCAAGACGGGGACGUGGGACGGCCUCCUCGACCCCAAUCAGAUCGUGCGAUCCGUCAAGACCGUCUUCCGCAAACGAGACGGUUACGAGAGGUUCAUCAUUCUCUCCAUGAUUGUCAUAUCCACUAUGACUGCUUGUCCGGCGCAUGGAGAGUAUUCAGUCCUAUUAUUCUACACAAGGUACAAGUUCCAUUGGAAUGAAGUGACAUAUGGAAUGUAUGUCUUAUACAAAAUGGUUGUGAUAUUAAUAGGCACGGCGUUUGCGAUGGGACUUUUAAGUAGGUGCUUAAAAGUUCGCGACUCAAUAAUAGGCUUAGCGGCCUGCUCGACGCUUGUGAUCGCCGCUACCGGAAACGCGUUCGCCGAUCAAGCCUGGGAACUCUAUUUCUAUCCUGCUGUAGAUAUGAUGCAUGGAGCAGGUGUGGCAGUGGCUAAAUCAAUAGCUUCCAAAAUUGUUCUCAAUAACGAACUUGGACAAUUGAACAGUGUAAUGGCCGUCUCGGAGAAUGUGAUAGUUUUGGGUAUCUAUCCACUGUACAACUAUGUCUACCGCCAGACCUUCCAAACAUUCGCCGGCUCUUUUUUCCUGCUUUCUGCCGUGAUGGGUGUUAUUCCUCUGGUGCUCUUCAUAUACGUGUUCCUGGUGGAGCCAAACGAAUUCGUUGAGAAAGAACCGAAGAAAAGCCCUCCCAUAGGAAUCUCAAUAAUUGGCGAUUCUAUGAAAAACGGCUCAACUCAACAAAGCUCAACUCCUGAGAAACAAGUUUGACUCAACGAUGGACUUUAGAGUUCAUUCAUCAGUUUUUAGACUCCAACAAAUUCAUUUCGAAUAAAAAACGUGAAACUCGAGGAUUUAGUACUCGAGUAUUUGUGACUUGAGUCUCGAGAAAUCAAACUGGAGUUAAGUGAGUUUGCUGGAAUAUUGCUGGGAUUUUUUAAAAGAUCUGAACCAUUUUACGAAUAUUUUCGCUGUAAUGAACACUCACAUUGAGUUACAAUGAUUUUAUUGAACAAUACUAUUUACGGUUGGAAAAUAAGCGAAAAAGUGUCUGAUUGGAGCAAUAGAAGAAACUGCUUCUAGAGAUAGUUGUUUGUGUAAGUAGAGUGCAAAGUGACACUUUGCUGUAUCGAGAGAAACGUUUACGCACAAGCCGUGGGAAUAGUUUAUAGGCGAGUGGGGAAUAGUUUCUUGAGUGCAGCAAAGGAACUUUGCGCACUUAUUACACAUUGCAUUUUCCUACAGCUACCAUUGAAUAUGAAAAGUGAGUAAUUAGGUGUAAAAAUGUCCUAUGAUUCAUCAAAUAUUUGUGUGAUUUUUGGGAUUUUGUUCUUGCUUAUGAUGAAGGUUGCAAUCAUUCCACACAAAAAUGUUCAGAAUUUGGUGUUCAUGACUAUAAAGGUGAUACUUCAGAGUUACCUCGAACUCAAUUAUUUUGAUAUCUCAGAUACAUGACAAGUCACCAUUAUUUUCAAUCUAAAAAGUGAGUAUUGUCAUAAAAGCCUAAAAUAUUCCAUUUAGAAGUUCAUUUAUAAACUUAUACAUAAACAGAAACAGAAUAAUUAUUAAUAAAUUUCCACUAUUCAACAGUUUUUAAAAUUUAACAUAAUUUUUGAAUUUUCAAUUUUAAUCGAAUUAAUAACUGAUUAAACUAAAAACAAAUAAUUUUAAAAACAAUUGAUUUAAUUGAAAUUAUUGAUUAUUAAUAAUUUAUGAUAAUUGUAUGAUUAGAUAUUCUUCAUAUUUCAUUGGUUACAAUAUGUUUAAUACAUAAUUCAAGUAUUUAGGCUAUUAAUAAUUACUAUUCAAGUGAUAACUUAAUUCACAAUUUUUAAACAAAUUAAUACCUGAUUCGAACGAAAACAAAUAUUUCAAAUAUGAAUUGCUUUAAUUAAAAUAAUUUGAUUGUUGAAAAUAAUUCAACUUAUUAAUAUUAAAAUUUAUCGAUUAAUUUGAAAAAUAUUUAUUUUGUGUUUUGUUAUGUUGCAAGUCUGGAGUGCAGAAAAUUACAUUGUGAUAUGCAAAGUAGUACUGGUGCGAAAUAGUGAUUCUUUGAAUUCUGUAAUCAGGUGCAGGAAUGUUCACUUUUCAAGGUAACUGUAGGAAAAUAAUAUUAUUGAUAACUUGAGACCAGCUAAAUAUGAUAGUUUCUUGAGAAAUUAUACCAACCAAAAUGCGAUAUGUGGAAAUUACAUUAAUUUUAGUAGAAUUUGAAUAAUCAUCCCUCCUUUAUAUUAAAUUUAUGUAGAUCUCUUCAAUUCCUUGUUCCCGUACAGUAAUUAUCAGUCGAUUAAUAUAGUAUACUUCUUCCCUGGAUGUUUACUUUAUGAAUACAGGAACAAUCAAGUAAUUGAGUUGUCUAGUAAAACUAUGACAUAUUGUAUUUUUUAUAUAUUUCUGUGAAAUAUUGUAUGGAAGGGAUGGAUGUCAAGUAAUGGAAACAAUUAUACAUCCCUGUCUCUCCCCACUAUCUCGAAUAAUAUAAACCUAAUUGUUAUCUCAUUUUUUUCGAAUAAGUGCAUAGUUAGUUCUCCAAUUACCUCAAAUAAUAAAACCGCUAACACUAUUCUCUUGAUAGUUUGAGUAACUUGACGGUGCUUAUUGUAUUGAAAAUUAAUGGUGCUAUCCGUAGUGUGUAUUUCUUGUGUGGUUGGUGAGUUACGUUGGUUUUACUUCUCUCUCAUAGAAUAUGUGUUAUAUCACAUAGAAUAUGUGAGUAAUUUUAUAAUAGAAUAUGUGUUAUAACCUGAGUAAUUUUUAAGUGUAUCAGUUGAAUAAUUAUUCAAUUCAAACCUGUUAUUGAUUAAUUGUUGUGAGCAUAAACGUUCAUAACUUAUUAUUUUUUCAUACUUCAAGUUGAUGAAAUCUUAGUUGAUACGACUAAUCAUCACUCACCAAUGUGUAAAAUAUUAUUGCUAUAGAGUACAGAGUUUGGCCUGUUGCUGCUCACAACUUCGAUAAAAAAUCCUCCAAUCUCAUAUUUUUCCUUAGCAAAUGUCUAGGAUGAUUGUAAGUUUAUGUAAAUAUUGAUUAGUUAAACAUAUUUUUAUGUAGAGUUUUGUAUUCUCAUGUUCUCUUCUCAUUGAUUCAAACCGAAAUAUGCAAUGGAGAAAAAGUGGGUUUUAAUACUACCUGAGUUACAGUAUCUGAAUUUUAGAAUUGAUAAGUAAGUUUAUUGUAAUCAUAGAUCCAGAUAUUAUUAAUUUCAUAUUUUGAUUGAACAAAAAAUUAUUUUGUAUAAUAAAUUAUGAUUUACGUUAACAUUCUCUGUGAUAAUAUUAUCUCGAGAUGAUUUCGAAUGAUAAUAAACCUAUUUAAAAUUA